AUGGCUAGUCAGAGUAACGACGGCAUAUACCAAGUCAUGCUGGCUCCUCCCGGUGAUGGGGAGUCGGCAGGAGAGGUCCCGUCCAGUUCCUCCCUGCACCUCAAUUUGGAUUCCCGGAAUUUGGAGAGGCACGAGGGUCCAGCCGUGAGCCGAGAUCCAGGCCCCCGAGACAACCCACCGCCACCGGCCCCAAACCGCGGCGCCUACAACGUGGGAGAAAACAUUUUCGGGCUCGCCUUCCCAAGAAGGCUCUGGAGGAUCGUGGAGGACACCACCUUCACGUCCGUGUGCUGGAAUGACGAUGGCGACACCGUGAUCAUCGAUGAAGACCUUUUCCAGAGGGAGAUUCUCCACCGCAGGGGCCCGGAGAGAAUCUUUGAAACUGACAGCUUGAAGGGGUUCAUCCGCCUAAUGAACCUGUACGGGUUCAGCAAAAUACGCCCAAACAACCCUUCGGUUCAUGCCCCAGGGAACAGGAAAACGAUGGUAAAGUAG